AAUGGGAAUUCUACUGAGAAAACAAGUUACAAUGAAAAGGUCCACCUGGCUGAAGUGUGCAUUGAUCACUCAUUUGUAAAUGUACAACCGAAGUUACACCAGGCGACAGAAAGCGUGUUAUAAAUGACUAACUUGGCAUGUUUGUUCUUGUGUACGACUUUGGGACCUUGAAAUUCUUACAUGCCCGUCAAACCGGAAAUGUGAGAGCCGCGUUUUUCGCUCCUCGUUUAAGCGCUGCGUCGUCAGUGGAAGUUCGCUUCCUGUAAGAAGAGCGAGGGAAGGUUCGGCGUAAGUAAGGUUUCGAGCUGGCGGCGUUGGCGUCGCGUGGAAUGAUAGGGAAUAAACGCAACGGACAGCUCGAGCGGUGAUGCCCACCACGGCGAGCCGUAUCGCGGCGCAGGCGCUGCCGUUGCUCUCCGUAGCCUUGCUUAGACACCGGGAGAAGCGACGGAAGGUUCCCAGGCACCGGGAAACGUGGAGAGACGCUGGACCGUACUGGAAUGUGACUGUGAAGGUCCUCCGUGCCAGCUAUAUUCCCAAGCUGGAUGUCUUAUCGGAGACAGACUGCUACGUUAGCCUGCGCCUCCCGACCGCCUCCUCCCGAACGUACCGCACCCGCACCGCGCGCAAGUCCCGUUUCCCCAAGUGGAACGAGACCUUCCGGUUCCGGGUGCACAGCCAUGUGAAGAACAUUCUGGAGCUGAAUGUUUGCGAUGAAGACUUGCUGGACGUUGAUUACUCCACUGUCCUGUUUGAUCUGAAUAACCUGUAUCCAGGGAAGAGAGAGAGGAAGGUCUUUGCCCUGGACCCCAAGGAAAAAGAUGAGCUUUGGGUAGAGUUUGAGAUGGAGGAGAGUAAAGAAGUACCAGGAACAUACAUCACUAAUGGAGUACUGGUGGCUGGGCCAUUCUCUCUCCUGGAGGUCAAAGUUGAAGAGACCUCCAAGGAAAAGGAGCGACAGGACCUGGUUCUGAAGCUGAAUGGAGCGUAUGAGCAGGAGCAGGUGAUCCGGAGAGCAGACCCAGGCAGCGGCCCAGCCAAGCCGGUUCUGUUCCACAUCAGCAGGGACCUGGAGACGGAGCUGGUGGUCCAUCGCCUUCAGGAGGAGAAUGAAGAGCCGAAGCAGAAGACAGAGGACGAUCUUGAGAACGCGACAGAGGACGAAUCGGGCGCGUGCACAGUCCUUCUACGGUCCCUCCCUGCAGACCAGCAAGUGAUCAUGUCUGUGCCGGUGGGACAGGAUGAAAUUGAUCUGCGGCUGAAAGCUACUGAUUGCUCAGAUGAGCUGGACGUGCGUCUGGGUUUCGACAUCCCCGUGGAGGAGAAGCGCUUUUUGGAGAAGAGGAGCGCUCUGGUGUCCCGCACUCUACAGGACGUCCUGCAUCUCCCCUUGGCACCCAAACCCGAUCAGGUGCCUGUGGUGGCGGUAGUGGGGUCCGGGGGCGGGACCAGAGCGAUGACAGGGCUGUACGGGACUCUCAUUGGCCUGCAGUCGCUGGGCCUGCUUGAUGCGGUCAGCUACAUCACAGGCGUGUCUGGAUCCACAUGGGCCAUGUCCAGCCUGUAUGCUAACGCUAACUGGUCGAAGGAGGGCCUGGAGACGGCGGUGUCUGUGCUGAAGAAGGAGAUCAGUAAGAGUGCUUUCGGAAUUUUGUCCCCCAGCCAGCUGGUAUACUACCGGCAGGACCUGCAGCAGAAGGCGAAGAGCGGACAGCUGGUGUCCUUCAUAGACUUCCUAGGCUUGGGCAUCGAGUACCUGAUCCACGGCAAGAAAAACAACGGUACCCUGUCAAGCCAGCAGAGGGCAGUAGCAGAAGGACAGAACCCCUAUCCCAUUUACACUGCUGUCAACAUGAAGAACAGCAUCAGUGGCAGUGAAGCUGUCUCCGAGUGGUGUGAGUUCACCCCCUAUGAGGUGGGAAUCCCCAAAUAUGGAGGGUCUGUACGGGCGGAAGACUUCGGCAGUGAAUUCUACAUGGGUCACCUGAUCAAGAGACAUCCAGAAAUACGCAUUUCCUACCUGCUGGGGCUGUGGAGCAGUGUUCUCUCCUUUAAUCUGCAGCAGGUGAUCCUUAGACUGAUGGGCUCAGUGCCGUCCUGGAUCACAGGCCUGGGAGACGACAUUCAUGACACAGAUGAGCAGAACCCCCACCCACCCGCCGCACUGCACACCUACUUCAUCGAACCCGUCGGGGAGCUGGCGGAAAUGUUGGACAACCUGGUGACCAACCGACCAAUCAUCAGCCACAACUACAACUUCCUGCAUGGGUUCAAGCUGCACUGGAACUACAGUGAGAACGACGGCUUCCUCGCCUGGAGAGACGCACACCUGGACUCCUUUCCCAACCAGAUGACGCCUUCGGACUCCAAGCUGCACCUGGUGGACUCGGGCUUUGCCGUGAACUCGGGGUUCCCCCCCGUCCUGCGCCCCGAGAGGCACGUGGACCUCAUCCUCUCCUUCGACUAUACCUGGGACCGCCAUCAGUUUAAGGUUCUGAAGGACACAGCGCGGUACUGUGAGGACUACCACAUCCCCUUCCCUCAGAUCGACUUCAGCAGCCUGGAGGGCCAGCCGCUGCGGGAGUGCUACCUCUUUAAGGAUGACCACAACCCGCAAGCUCCCAUAGUGCUUCACUUCCCCCUCACCAACGCGUCCUUCAGGCAGUACCGCGCCCCAGGUGUGAGGCGUAUGGGGAAGACGGAGCUGAGGGGGGGAGAUGUGGACGUGGAGAGCAGCAGCUCCCCCUACAGGACGAUGAACCUAACUUACGAGCCGGAGGACUUCCAGCGGCUGGUGGCUCUCGCCGCCUAUAACGUCAGCAACAGCCAGGACACCAUCCUGCAGGCUCUCCAGCUCGCCCUGCACAAGUGCACACCUGAGAAUGGCCCCGCCCCAUACCAGCACACACCUGCGGACAGCCCCGCCCACAAACACACACCUGAGAACAGCACUACUCAGUUACACAAACACACACCUGUGGGUACUGAAAAGCGGCCUCGUUUCUGCACUAUACUGUAGUGUUAAAGCAUUCAUUCAGUCUUAUAAUGAGCCCUGUGCAGGUUCUCUUACUCAGGGUUCAACAGCGAAGCUGCCCACA